AUGACGACCGAGGUCGAGCCGACGCUCCAGCCACAGCCUCAGACUGCCGCUGCCGCUGCCAACGCUGACGCCAGCAACACCACCCCUGGCACGGCAGCUCAGCCCGAGUCCGAAGCCACCUGGAAGUUCCCCGUCUACCCAGCCUCGGACACCUACACACCCGGCAUCGCACCCAUCAAGAAGGAGUAUAUCCUCCCGCACAUCGGCCGUCGCAGCAACAACGACAACGGCAACGGCAAUGGCAACGCCCGCGAGCCUCAGGCGCUCCCCGUGCCCGACGACGACGCCGCAGAGUCUCGCACCGGCCCUUCGCUCGACGCCCAGAACACCGUCCGCCCGGCCCCCGAACUCGCCGAUGCCAUCGACGGCGCGCCACAGUCUACCGAUGCGCAGCCCGCCUCUGCCCCGCCGGUCAAGCUCAAGGGCGCCGCCCGCAAGCGCGCCCGCAAGGAGGAGGCCGCUGCAGCCGCCGCCGAAGCCCGCGGCAACAAAAAGCAGAAGCAGGGCGGGCAGAACAAGAACCGCUCCUUCGUCAAGACAAAAGACACCCACGGCAUGUGCGGCGCCUUUCUCUCGCUCGGGGAAUGCAAGUUCCAGGGCCAGUGCAAGUUCUCCCACGACCUCGUCGCCUACCUCGCCGACAAGGCCACCGACAUCCACCGGCCCUUGCCGCCAAAGCCUUACGGCCCAGUAGCCGCGCUCGAGCCGCAGGAGAAAGAGGCCUGGUUCGAGUCGCAGUACAGCACCAGCAAGAUCGCCAAGGGAGACGAGUGGACCUACGUUAAGGAGCCUGCCCACGUUGCUACAUCCCAGCCUCAGGCCGACGGCAAGUCGAUCGACCCUGUCCACCGAUCUCUCGACCUGGGGACCAGCUGCCCCAAAUUCUCCGUGCAGGGCUUCUGCGACUUCGGCUGGAAGUGCCGCUUCCUCGGAGCCCACGUCCGCAUCGUCGGCCCCUCGAAGCUCGCCCUCGAGCAGCAGCAGAGCUCCGCCGAGGGCGCGGCCGAGCCCAGUGGUACUGGCUUCGCUGGCACGGGUCUGGAGCUGGUCCGCGACGAGGAGAGGGUGCGGGCCUGGCGCAGCCGGUCUCGGGUGUUUACGCCCAAGAGCGAUGGCGCGGUCCAGCCCGAGGACCUCGAUCGCGAUGAGUUCAACUACGGCACUUCGGCCGCCAUGAAGGCGAUGAAGACGCGCAAGUACCCUCUGCCAAAGACCAAGGCGGUGCUUGAGUACCUCGAAAAGGAGUCGCGCGAGCUUAGCAGGCUCGACCCAUCCGGCUCCCAGGCGGGCAAGGGCCCCAUCCGCAUCGACUUUGCCAAGCUCGAAGCCGAGGCCAGUGCCCGCGGGCCGGCUUCCUCCACAGCGGGUAAGCCCGCUGGAGCGUCGCUGGCAACCCAGGACGAAGAGGCUGAUCUCGAGGAGAUGGAGAACGCACUGCGCAACCAGGCGUCGGCCUCCAAUGCCGCCGGCACCCAGGCGAGGGCAGCAGAGGCGGCCGCUUCGGCGGUCCAGGGCGACAUUGACCUGGCGCGGAUCCGACCUUCGGAGAAGCGACGCCUCAACUGGCGCGGCGAGCUCUACCUGGCGCCGCUCACGACCACAGGCAACCUUCCCUUCCGCCGGAUUUGCUCCGGCUACGGUAGCGACAUCCACUGCGGCGAGAUGGGGCUGGCCGAGAGCUUCCUCCACGGUCAGGCGUCCGAGUGGAGCCUGGUGCGACGUUGGGAGGGCGAGAGGAUCUUUGGCACGCAGCUCUGCGGCGGCAAGCCCAACCUGCUGAUCCCCGUGGCCGAGGCGCUCAAGCGCGAGGUGGGCGACGGCCUCGACUUUGUCGACAUCAACUGCGGCUGCCCGAUCGACCUGGUCUACAACAAGGGCGCCGGCUCUGCCCUGCUCGACAAAGCAACGAUGCUGUCCAAGAUUGUGCGAGGCAUGAACGCGGUGCUGGGCGAGACGCCGCUCACCAUCAAGCUGCGCACGGGCACGACGUCCAAGCAGACGACGCACAAGCUGUUUGCGCGGCUGCAGACCGAGUGGGGCUGCAGCGCGGCCACGCUCCACGGCCGGUCGAGGAAGCAGCGGUACAAGAAUGUCGCCGACUGGGGCUACAUCAAGACGUGCGCCGACACGCUGCGAGAGAGCGUGCGCACGUGGAACGAGGAGCAGCAGGGCGCCGACGGCGAGGAGAUGGUGCCGAUCCCCAUCUACGGCAACGGCGACGUCUACAGCUGGCAGGACUACUACGAGAGGCUCGAGAUGACCGGCGUCGACGGCGAGAUGAUCGCCCGAGGCGCGCUCAUCAAGCCUUGGCUGUUUACCGAGAUCAAGGAGCGACGCGACUGGGACAUCUCGAGCCGCGAAAGGCUCGACAUGAUCCGCGAGUACGCCUCGUACGGCCUCACGCACUGGGGCUCCGACACGCAGGGGGUCAACACGACGCGGCGCUUCCUGUGCGAGAUGCUGUCGUUCACGCACCGCUACGUGCCGACGGGCAUCCUCGAGCACCUGCCGGCGCGGAUGAACGACCGCCCGCCGCCGUUCAAGGGCCGCGACGAGCUCGAGACGCUGCUGGCGAGCGGCAACUCCGAGGACUGGGUGCGCGUCUCUGAGAUGUUCCUUGGCAAGGCGCCCGAAGAGUGGAGCUUUGUGCCCAAGCACAAGUCGAGCUCGUACGCCGAGGGUGGAGAGGAGCAGCAGGGCUAG